AUGAAAACGUCCACAGCGCUUGCUACCGGAUCUCAAACAGACAUUAAGGGAGAUCCAAUUGGAUCCUAUGACAGCAGUUUUCCUAAUGUCGAUGUCAAUAUUGAUGCAUCUCUUGUCCCUAUUGAACAACAAACCGAUGACCUCGAGCUCCAUUUAACGAACCAGGAGCUGCGAGCUGGCCAAGACUGCAAGUUUCCCAUAGAUGAAGCGAUUGAUGGUGCUGUACCAGAGGGAUUCUCGAUCUACUCAGCCGAGCCGUUUGGUAACAGUAUGUGGACUGUCACGGGCAAGCUUUCUGCCCGUUCCUCGAACUCUGAGAAAGUAUUUUUCGUCAAGACCGCCUAUGGAGAAACUGGCAGAGUUAUGCUUCACGGGGAAUUCGAGUCAUCCAAAACCAUCUACGAACUGAUGCCAGACUUUAUCCCGAAGCCUUUUGGGUAUGGAAAGUACAAGAAGACAGACACGCCCACGUACUUCUAUAUGUCCGAGUUUGUUGACUUCGAUACCACAACUGCACAAGAUCCUUCUUUGUUCUGCGAGCGCCUGGCCGACAUGCACCGGAAGAGUCAGAUUCUGUCGGAGGAGUUUGGUUUCGGCAUCACGACAUGUGAUGGCGACCGUCCGCAUGCUGUAGAAUGGGAGUCAGAUUGGGCCGUGUUUUUUCGGAAAUUGUUCCUUCACACGCUUAGCUUGGACAUCAAGGAGAAUGACACUUGGCUCGAGUAUGAGCGUGCGGCGCACCAGGUAGCCAAGUAUGUGAUCCCGCGACUACUGGAAAAACUCACAUGGAACGGACAACCGAUCAAGCCCAGUCUAAUUCAUGGCGACCUGUGGGAGGGUAACACGGGUAUCAACAAAGAGACGAACCUACCGAUGUUGUUCGAUGCUGGGUCGUACUUUGCCCAUAGCGAGAUGGAGCUGGGGCACUGGGCUUGCGAGUUCUCGGCAACCUUUGGAAAGAAAGACUACAUGAACCGCUACCUUGAAUUCUAUCCGAAGGCGGAGCCCGCCAGCGAGUUUGAGGACCGAAUUCGGCUUUACAGCCUAAAAGGGGGCAUGAAUUACUCCGCUGGUCAUCCGGGCAGCCGACUGAGGAAGUCGUAA